UUACCAAAGGUUACGAAGUAAGCCUCAGCGAACUUAGCAACAUCACCUCACCAUUGCAGAAGAAGGAAAUGGAAAGAUUGUUGGACCAUCUUCAGGCCGACAAAGCCGGCAGAUCAGUUAGGCGAGGAACAAAGGAACCAUACGACAAUUUGAAGCUGAUAAUGGUGUGGAAAAAUCAGUUUAGGACAGAGCCCUUUCACUACAGACUCAAGUUAGCUGUUGGUCUUAAAGCUAUUCAGCAACCUAAGAUUGCUUAUGAUGUUCUGGCAGGUAAAUAUCGGACAUCGAAUGUCAAUUCCGAUGUUGUAGAACGUAUUUGCAACAGUCUUGAUGUUGAUCCGCUGAAAAGACUCUGUGGUGAAAUUGGACGGUAUGACCUGAUGCAGGAGAAUCACAGCAAUUCAGCAAAAGGUGUAGGGGUAUGGGUAUCAAACUGGCUUGAACGAUUCAACAAAACCCCUGCGAGGACAACACUACCCAACAUGACCAUCGACAAGUUCACCUCUCGAAGACUUAAAAAUGACAAGAUCUUCAGGGCCGGAUCUUUUGAACUUGCUGAAGAAAUCAUGCUAGUCGAGUAUCCCAGAUUCCCUUCUGAUUAGUAUACAAUGCCCUCUAACUCCAGCGCCUUUGACUAGGCAACUAGAUAUUGGCGCUUUAUAAAUUUCUGGAUUGGAUUAGAUUGGAACUAAAGUGCUCUCUUAUGUUACAAUAACAUAAUAAUAUUAAAGAAAGAAAAAAAAUUAUCUCGAGAUACGAUUGAUUUGUUUCGAUUUAUGCUUAUUGAGAAUUGACAUAUUAAAGCUUAGGUUUAUAGGGAUUGCAUGGGUAACUUUGCCUCAGAUU